AAUAGAACCAUAUCCUGCACCGGAGUAAGAAACUUAGAAAUAUCUAUAAAUUAAACCAAACAAUAUCUGAUGUAAUUUUAGGGGAAUUGUCAGAAAAACGACCUAGAUUUUUUUGAUAUGCAGUUUAUAUAUCACCGACAAAUGAAAAAAAAAAAAAAGUUCUUUGUCAUGGAUAAAAAACUGAUUGAAAAAAAGAACCAAGUCUUAAAAUGACCCUUUGUACCGAGUACUUAUGUUUUCUAUAAAAGGGACUGAAAAAUAAGACAGAAGCACACUACACAAAAAUAAGACCUUUCACUUCAAAACCUAUCCUGUUCUAAGUCUGAAAUAAUAAAUUUACAAAUGGAAGCACACAACGUAGAGAUAUCGACAAGACUUACCCCAGAAAUGAAAAACCAGAGAACCAUAGAGUUACUCUACAAAGCGUUGCAGCAAGGAGACACCUCGACGGUGACCAAAGUGGUGGCCAGUGACGUGGAAUGGUGGUUCCAUGGACCGCACCAUUGUCAACACAUGAUGAGGCUGCUAACAGGGGAACGACGGAGCCAGGUUUCGUUCAGGUUUGAGCCAAGCAGUGUACAAGUAGUGGUGCCUGGUCAUGACUGCGUGAUUGCAGAAGGGUGGGAGGGUUCACAAGUGUACUGGGUUCACGUGUGGAAGUUGAAAGACGGAGUGGUCACGGAGCUAAGAGAGUAUUUCAACACAUGGCUCACUGUUACAGACUACAGUCUUGGAGCAAUAGGAUGGGACAUGGGGCGUUGUACGGUUUGGGAGAGCGUACCAAGGGACCUGGCUCGUGGAUCGUUGCCUAGCUUGCUGUUAGCUAUUUAACUAUAUAUAUAUAUAUAUAUAUAUAUAUAUAUAUAUAUAUAUAUGGACUAAAGAGUAAAUUAAGUAACACAGUUUGUGUCUGGUGGGUUUCUAGACUUUUAUGAAUAUAGCUUAUAUGUGUUGUAAACAGAGUAAUGUGAAUAUAGCCUAUGUUUGUCUACUUAUUUUCAGGUUCAUCACUCAUCAAUGCUUCAGCUAGUGUAAUUGAUAUCAGAAUAAAAUAACCUUCGAUCCUAUCA